CGAAGAUUACCAGUGGUGUACUUCAUAUAUUACAUACAUGAAAAGUAAGAAAUUUUCCACACUCGUUGCUUCGUUUCUUUCUUCCCUUUCUUCCUCUUCUAGGAUAUAAAAAGCAUAAAGACUUGGUAGGAAGUUACACCUAAUCGAGUCUUUUCAACCCACUUGGUUCGUUAGUUACAAUCAACAAAAAUGCUUUCUAAGAUUCUUUUUGCCUUGGCUUUACCACUUUUGGGACUAUGUCAGUCUAAGGUCUUUGAUUCCAUCGUGGUAUCACCGAUAGAUUACGCUGAGUAUUCUUCAAUUAUCGAUCUACAACGUUUGUACUACACAAACGAUGGUGAUGUUUUCUUCUACGAUAAAGACUGGGAAGGUACUACUUUGGCCACUGCUGCUUCAAACGUCCAAGUUCUCAGCAGUGGUCAGCUCUUCAUCAACAACACCAAUGCGACUGCUUAUUUGUACGUCAGCGACAUUGGCUUACUACAAUCUACAUCGAGUCAGACUUCAAUCGAUGGCUUAUUCUCUAUCAACAGCUCCACUAUCUAUUACGGCUACUCUUAUCCUUUCAUCGCUUGUGAGAUGAGUACAAGUCAGUACCAUUUGAUCUGGAGGGGAGAUGGUUCAGAGUGUAGUGCUGACAAUUGGUUGGUUGUUAGCUUAUCAGUUUUCAGUUCCGAUGGUACUAGUGGUUAUGACUACUUCCCUGACAACUACCAGUCUUCUAUAGGUGCAACUGCCUACCAAGAUAUCUACACAACCACAGUUGGAGUUCCAACUGCCGGUACUACAACUGUCACCUCAACAAGUGCUAAUGAAGCUGGCCCUGGUGCUGCCUCCCCUGAUAAGCUGUCAUUGGGAGCAGGUGCCUUAUUCGGUGCUGUUUUGAUGCUCUUGUAAUCAUUCAUUCUGCUCUCUUUCUGCGCCUGUAUUUGACUUCUGUGUAUCACUCACUAAUUGAACUCUUUUCAUGGACGAGGAAGUGUAGAUACUGUACUUUGAUCAUUCAGACUGGUCUGGCUUUUCAUGCAGGGGAUUUACACUCUGGAGACGUUGACAUAUUUGUCUUGGGGAGCAAUGCAUCUCUCUUCAUCAGUUUGUGUGGUUGUACUGCCAGUAUUUGUUCAAUUGACGUUGUAGGUAGAUCAUGAGGUACUCCCGAGAUCCUAUGAGUCCUAAGUAUAAGUAGAGACCUUUUUAAUCACAUCUGGCCUUCUUUUAGUACAACUUGUU